GCCAUGGCCAUGGAGCGAUGGAACCUGAGGGCUUGAGCCAAAUUGCUCGAUGGAGAUUAAUAUCCUUCUUGGGAAGGUGCCGCCAAAGCAGUUGUCAUCACCGGUUGAUUAUUACAAGGUGGUGCAUAACGCAUACACUAGCCAGUACCUCCAGGCACUGGGGAUUGAACCUUUGGACCGGCAUCGGAGGGUCGUUUCUCGAAGAGCACCGCUGCAGAAGUGCACAAUUGAGGCCACUUGGGCUGAUGGUUCGGGUGUUGCGGAUCAACUACGCAUUGUACCUCCUCAGUUCUUGGCCGGAGGUGCCAAGCCGGGAAAGACCGGAAAGGAGCAAUUUUUGAAGGAUAUCCAAAGCGAUCCACUGAUUCGGGCAUUGCCUCCAGACACUUCUGGUAUUUAUGAGAGAGCAAAGAAGGCUGACACGUCAGCUGCUCCACAGAAGUAUGGCAUUAAGGAAAGAUAUCUACAAGCUCUUUCGGAAAUGAGCGUCCAAGAUCACAAGAACUCCGUUGGCGCCGACAGUACGUUGACGAAGGAGCUGGAAGACUUCCAAAACCACGCGAAAGGAGAAGAAGGUCCUGUUCACAGACGCGAGGUUCUGCGGCAAUGGGGCAAGGAUGGUUUCAAAGAGUUGGAAAAUCUUAAGAGGAAAUUCAUCCUACCUUUUGCAUGUGAAACUCCAACAGGCAUUGCCAUUUGGCGGGCCAACCUACCACAAGUGCAGGUCCCAAGCGAAUGUGUGGCAGACUUGAAGCGACCUCUUUGUGUCACCCUGGAGCAGAUUGAAGAGGAGGCUGCAGACUAUGCUGAGAACCUUUUCCCCUUGGAGCUGCUCUCGACAAGUCGAGAUCCGCUUAUGUUCGAUGAUAUCAGACAAGCUCUGCAGUCCUCAGAGCUACCGCGCCUGAUUGGCCUCACGUCACACUUGGUCUACUGGAACGCCCUGGGUCACUUACAUCUGCCUGAGCAUCGGCUUCCCAGCAGCACCCGGCAGUCGCUGGUUUUGACGAUCCAGGACGUGUGGACCAAGGUCAUUGAUUCCCCAAUCAUCAGGAAAGCUGGUGGUCCAGCUCGUGGCUUUUAUGUCCCGGUGUUUCUUCUCUUCCUGAAGUGGGGGAUUGAACAGGCCUUUCGCUCGCAGUUCCGCAAAUUGCUGGAGGAGACAGACCACGGCGAAGGCAUUGCACAGCAACUGGUGGCCCACAUCAACGUCACCAUCAUGGGGUUGUUUGAUCCCGAUUGUGCUGCAGCGAAUUUUGGCACCCUGGACUCUUCAUCAGAGGCGAUCAGACUCUGGCGGAAGCUGCACAUCAAUCAGAUGAAGCAUGGCUUGACACCUGCAACCAGAACCAUUGUGCGAGAGUUCAGAACGUCACCCAUGAUGCUUCUCCUGAUGAACAGUGAUGGCGGACCUUCUGACCCCAAGACCAGGAAACUUUUGCAAAAAAGCAGCAGUGAAAGUGUGAUGACAGUGGUUGGAACGCCUGCAGAGGCCUCUGGACGCGUAGGGUCACCUGGCCGUCAGGCGCGGCCAAGACUCAAUCCUGAUAGAAAGAGCACCUUGUACUAUGCGGCUUGCAGCCGACUAUCCCGUGACGCGUCUCCAGGUGGGAAAAGUACGAAACAUUGAGAGGAUGUUUCACUCUGUCAGCGCCUCUCCUGUAAGGAUGCAUGUGCGCUGACAACUUUUUCUAGCGUAGCUCAGUGCAUUCAGAAUGACAUGCGCUGCCAGUAGAAGCGGACAGGGUGAAUAAAAUUGAAUAAAAGCUUGCGUCAGGGA